AAGGCGUGUGCGUUUUCACUGGGAAAGCGCGCCAACUGCAGUUUCCCGGGAGACUGUUUCACUUUUGUGCUGCGUUUAAAGCACUUAAAAUAAAAAAAUAAAAUGGCUUCAACUUGCAAUAGCCAGUUGCAGUCUAGAAACCUUCCGUGGGUGGAAAAAUAUCGACCGCAGACGCUGAAGGACUUGAUCUCGCAUCAGGACAUUCUAGGAACAAUUCAGCGCUUUAUCAAUGAAGAGAGGCUCCCGCAUCUCCUGUUUUAUGGGCCUCCCGGGACUGGGAAGACCUCUACCAUCCUGGCUUGUGCCAAGCAGCUCUACAAGGAGAAAGAGUUCAACGCCAUGGUCCUGGAGCUCAAUGCAUCAGAUGACAGAGGUAUUGAUGUUGUUCGGGGUCCGAUCCUCAGCUUCUCCAGCACCAGGACCAUCUUUAAUCGAGGAUUUAAACUAGUUAUACUGGAUGAAGCCGACGCCAUGACCCAGGAUGCUCAGAAUGCUUUGAGAAGAGUGAUUGAGAAGUUCACCGAGAAUACCAGGUUUUGCUUGAUCUGUAACUACCUGUCAAAGAUCAUUCCUGCACUGCAGUCUCGAUGCACGAGGUUCCGGUUCGGCCCCCUGACCCAGGAGCAGAUGGUACCCCGGCUGGAAUAUGUUAUAGAGCAGGAAAGUGUUGAUGUAACCCCAGAUGGAAUGAAGGCUAUUGUGACCCUGUCUAACGGUGACAUGCGUCGAUCACUCAACAUUUUACAGAGUACCAGCAUGGCUUAUGGAACCGUGAGUGAGGAUACAGUGUACACCUGCACAGGUCACCCUCUGAAGGCAGACAUUGCUAACAUUCUGGACUGGAUGCUGAACCAGGAUUUCUCCACAGCGUACAAUAACAUCAUGGAGCUGAAAACACUGAAGGGCUUGGCGUUGCAUGACGUGCUGACAGAGAUCCACCUGUUGGUGCACAGAGUUGAUUUCCCAGCUUCAGUUCGAAUCCAUUUACUCAUCAAGAUGGCAAAUAUUGAGCACAGGCUUGCGUCUGGGACGAGCGAGAAGAUCCAGCUGAGCUCCAUGAUCGCAGCGUUUCAGGUGGCGCGGGACAUGGUGGCAGCUGAAGCCUGAUUAGAAUGGGACUGUUCCCUUCAGCUCUUCAGACCGGUGCAGGCUUGGGACCACCUUUAAUUCCUGUUUGGACAACCUUGCAAAACUAGUGUCAAACAUUUAAGUGCGUGCAGGUCUCUUGAGCAUUCUGUUUUGUUCAUUACUGUUGGAGUUAACGAAAGACAACAAAAAACUAUUUUUGAAAAUAAGACCCAUGGAAUUUAGAAAGAGAGAGGAUGAUGAAGCAGGAGCCAUUUUAUGCUUUGUGUCUGCAUAUAUUAGGAACCGUUUCAUGCUUUACAAUACUUUACCUUCAGUUGUUUUGGGUUUUUUUGUUUUAUAUCUUGCAAUAUGGGGGUUUGAUGUUAGUCCAACGGAAAUAAAUAAAACACAUUUUGCAGGUU